AGCCCAAGGGUCUCAAAAACAGUCGAUUGAUCUUGAAGGGAGGCACUAUUAUGGUGGUCACAUAAUGACUGGACGAGCACGAAGUUAAUGACAAAGACAGUAGAAAAAUCAGCAAUUACUAUGUCUCACGAGCGCUAGUGCACUAGCGCGAAAACCGCUGCAAGCGCUUCUUCUACUAUAAAGCAGGUAGGUGGGAUCAUGUCCCACUAGCACUGCACGAAGACGCAACCGCUCCCAGAGAGGAGCGAGAGCAGCAUGAGAAGGCGACGUUAGUAGACAAAACCUCCAGUCAAAAAGAUGACGAUGGCAUUUGAGGAGAUCACCGAAGAGCAGUACUUGGACACGCUCAAACGUUCGCUAUUGGACAAAGAGGAAUUGGAUUUAAGGAUCGGAGGUUUUUCUUUUUUCAUCAUAUUAGAGGUUGGUGCUUUAUGCGGACGCGGAGGUGUACCUCGGGACCUCAGCAUAAGGAACAUCACUAGCUCUUGAUCAUACAGUGAGGUCGAACCAGUAGCGGUUGCACCCUUGUGAUGUCAACAUAGUAAACCUCUGGACCACAAAAUGAAAAUACUUAGACAUUCUCGAAUCAACAUCGACUGCGGUGUCCUAUGUGAUAUCAGGCCCUCCUUGACUGAUCUUCUUGAGUGUGAAUAUUAUCACUGAGCUUGUUAGUGCGGCAGUACCUUCAUAGGCAAGUAGUAACCUCAACAUGGUGCUCGCUUCUCUUUGCGAACUUUUUGUACACUGUGAUACUUUCCUUUACUCGAGGCAAAAUUCGAUUUAUGGUGAAUAAAGUAAACCUCUGGAAUAAAUGUUGAAAAUACUUACUUAGACAUUCUCGAAUGAACAUCGACAAGCCAAGGGUAGGGAGAUGGCGACCGCCUUUUUUGCGGAAAUCUAUACACGACCGCGAUGCCAGCGAGAGCGGAAGCGGUCUAUUCUUGCGCGAAAUAUAUCAGGAGAGAAGAAGAAAACCAGGAGUAUAAGUUUGACCUCUUUGUGACUGUAAUUUUCAUUCAGCAUACUUCUAGGAAGAGGCUAUUAAGUACCUAAUAACCGCUUAUUACCCAUUGACUUUGCCUAACCUCUUUUCCAACGAUGGUAUAUUUACGUACUUACAUAUUUAUCGUUGAUAGACGUAGCAGCGUAAAAAAUAUGAAAGCGGGUAAAUAACUUCUACAACCUUUGCCUUUCUUAUCCAGGUUUUUGCGUCCGGACGUCUUUCCUCCGUUGCUUUUAUACCGGGUCUUGAGAAGCGACGGGAGGUGAAAAAAAGCAGGCAAAGGCUUCCGCCCGUACAGGAGGAAGAUGAAGAGUUGGGCGAUGCUAAUAGUUAUGGGUCACAUGUCUUGUUGUAGAAGUAGAGAGGAGCUGGCACAAAACGAUAAACUAAACGACUCAUAAACUAAACCAAAAAGGACACAAAAACCAAAUAUCAAGCUAUCCCUUUGUUCUCUAUCUCCCUCUAAUCCCGGCGAGAGACCCGCGGCUGUCUCAGUGUGGAGGCUGAUGAUGUGAGGUCCCAAGCUGUUGAUACUUCGGACUUUACUUCCUCAUCUGAGGGAGAAGAUUCAGAGGAAGAGGCAAAAAGACUUGCAGCAAAACAUGGGAAAAGAUAUAUCACUUAUGAACGCGGUUUGAAUUCUUGUUCUUUGGAGUAGGUGGUUCCAAGGGUAGAAUAAUGUAGCUCCGAAACACAAGUAAACUAUAAUAAGAUUUAGAUUACUACUUGUUCUACUAGGUACUACCUUACCAAUCCCUCCUGUCACCUCUCCGUCUCCUCGCCGAUAGUAAAAAAACACUUAAUCGUCAAGCUCUAGCAGUAGUUCUAAUCCUCUCUCGAGACCAUCGCAUGGCGCAUCACUGAUGCCGGCAGAGGGACUUUCGUGGCUGAGUAUCCGGCUGGCCUUGAAUGUUGGCGAGAAUUCAAAAAUUAAGGCUGAAGCAUCCGCAAGAGGAUGCUAGUCGUCCCUUGGCCCCUUAAGCAACCCUUCUGAGUACUUAAUUCAUCUGCGAUCAAGAUCAGGGGUUCCUAGAUGUGGUCUUGAAGCUCUCUUUACAUACAUUUGAAGGGAAAAACGAACAAGAGGCCAAGGAUCAUGACCUUAUAGGGAUAGGGAGGGGAUGGGGGAGAUCUAAAGAAAAUUUCUGUGGUGGAACAUGGCAACGCGAAGGAUCCUCAUUUUUCUACUCUUGGCCGCUUUCACAGAAGUCCCUACCUUCUGUCUGCGGGAUCCAAACACAUUGUGGCAGCAGAUACCACCAGACGCCCACCUACCCGCUGCACACGCAGCACACCCGAAAUCUUCAAGCGCACAGGAAGACCUACUGGGAACAACAAACGCCAGCUCUAGUACUGGAGCAAGUGGCGAACUUGAUGAAAGUUUUGUCGAGCAAAUGAAGGUACAACAGGCGAGAAAAGAGAAACAGGAAAGGAGUAUUAAUAUGGCAAAGGCUCCUCGUUUCCAGUUCCACUUGUAGUUGUAGUCCGUAAUUCAUCUAGUCUAAUGGUUUUUACCGUUACGUACCCACCUCCUAUCACUACCACCGCUUCUUCUCACAGUUGAUUUUUACCUUGCCCCCCUUCUUCUAAUAGAAGUUCCCUCGGGGUUUUCGUCGACACCAGCGAUCCGGAGAUUUGCCCGCAAGGCUUGUAUUUGAGCCACAUGCCGACACUGAAUCCUCUGAUCACCAGUCUGUUGAAGUGCAUCGCGUUCUGGUUCUUCAGAUGUAAAAUCUCCCAAGAGGACGAGUACAUGAAAAACUUAAGGCUCACAACGAUUCAUCUGAAAAAGCAGAAUUUAAGGAGCCCUUUGCUUUUGCUAAGGGGAGAACACGUCAAAGAUCGAUGCACUUAAAGAUGAAUAUAUGUUGUGAGGGCUAAAAUACAUAGACAAAAGGUACAGAAAGGACUGCAUGCAGAGCACACUCCCGAUUUUCGAACGACUCUGCACGCUGGUGGGAUUGACACUGAGCAUUGUUGCGAUUAUGCUAUGAAGUAAUAGAUCACUCACUUCAUGGUCAUCAUCAUGCUGACGAGUUACUUAUUAGACACCAGAUACUUAUUUCAUCAAGAACUAGAAGUAGAAAUAGAGUUAUUAGAACUAGUAGUAAAAUUGAAAAACCUACAAUCUAUUUCAUACACCACCAUUAUUAGACAGAUCAUUUCAAGAACUUAUUAGACACCAGAUACUUAUUUCAUCAAGAACUAGAAGUAGAAAUAGAGUUAUUAGACAGAUUCAUUUUCAUUUCUAGUAGAACUAGAAGUAGAAAUAGAGUUAUUAGACAGAUCAUUUCAAGGACUAGAAGUAGAAAUAGAUCCUUAUUUGAAGAACUAGAACUACUAGAAAUAGAAUCAUCAUCAUCUUUUCCGCUAAUCUCCCUCUCGCCUUCUUCGUGCGCGAAGUGCCUGACAUUAAUCCCCAGAUAGUGAUCUUCUCGAGUUACGUUUUGCGCACCAUGCCCCACGUGCUCAUCACCUUCGCGGCAACCGGACUCAUUCUCACAUUAAGUUGUACGUGAGUAAGAGUGAGUUACUUAGAUUGUAGAGUACAUUAAGUUGUACUUGAGUAAGAGUUAGUUACUUAGAUACUAGAGUAAGAGUUACUUAGAGUAGCCUACAUUUUGUACUUGAGCUACUUAGAUUGUAGAGUUUUUACUUUCCAGACAGCUAGGGUUACAACUUAGGGCGACUUAGGGUUACAACUUAGAGUUUUUACUUUCCAGACAGCUAGACGUGUAAGUACUAAUAUUAUGAUUCUACUCGCAGCCUGCCGUAGACUACAAUUUACCAAUAGAUACUCUAUAAUUAGAAUUACACGAUCAAUAAAUCCUAAUUUAAUUACAUCAUCUUCCAAUUACAUGAUCAUCUUCCUGCUCUAAGCGCCGUGCCCUUUAUGUCCACUGUCGUGCUUGCGGUGCUACGAACUGUGCCCAGGUGGAGCAAUAUUUUGACGCUCUUCUUAGUCGUGAUUUUCUUCUUCGCUUGGGCUGCAGUGCAGCUCUUCCAACACCCUCUACAGCUACCAGGGGCCUCAACAUCUGGAGACGCAAGUAGUGUCGAGUUAAUAGAAGCAACACCCUCUAUUAAGGCUUCCCCUAAAAAUCCAUCUCGUGAAGCAUCAUCCUAGGGAAGCUUUUCAAGGUGAAAAAGCGCCUACGAUGAUCUUCAGGAUGGAUUAGGGUGAGCUCUAACUCUAGUACUUCGACGUUUGACCCAAAAAGAAUACUACAAGCAUCCUCAUUGCCCGAAAUUAGUAGAGCAGUGUUGCCCGCUGGAAGUAGCCUGUUGAGAACCUUAGCAGGAGCGACAAGAACAAGUACAAGCAAUUUGCUGCAACUGAACAGGAUACGAGACUCAGUGGAGAAUAGUGCUCAUGCCUACAAUAGAAUGGACGCUAUUAGUACCGCAGAAGCAUCUUCUUUGCUGGCUAGUGUGGACAUUAUGUGACGGUCGGAUCGUGAAAGUACAUUCAUCCUUCUACAUCAUGAAGAUGCUGCCACACCAAGAACGAAUCUCUCGUCAAUGUCAUCUUCAUCAUCGCAUUCCCUCAAUGUCCGAAACAAAAAAGCUACCCACCUUCUAAUCCCCCCACCACAACCACCACGACCACGACCGUUUUCGUCCCGCCACCAACGUUUGCUACUUUUUCCGCUUCAGUGGAGAGUUUUUUUUUGAUGGGUACGACGGCAAAUUUUCCGGAUCAAAUGCUUCCAGUAAUGGCCGAUCAACGAUGGACGGGAAUUUUCUUCCUUGUUUUCAUGUUUAUCUCAGCUUUGAUCUUUACAAACCUGGUCUUGGCGACGGUCUACAGCGAAUACGAGACGCAUAUAAAGCUAUGGCUGCUACAGCUGGAUGAAGUUGAAGACAAGGCUGGUGGAUUUUAGAAGAAGCUUUAACAAUGAAUGUGGAUAAGUUAGCAGCAGAGAAUGUUGAUAAAUGUUGAAAGCUGAAGGCGCUUAGAGCGCCACAUAGAAGACUUGUUAUCUGAUGAUCAUCUCUUGUUCUUCUUGCUUGCAUGCUUGCAUGCCGUAAUCAGAAUCAGCUCGACCCGUUUCCCUCUCCCCCUCUAAUGCAAGAAGACUACCUCGUCACCAGUGGAAACCGCAACAAGGGUCUAGAAAAAGCCUUCGUGGAAAUCCAGGAGUUGUGUGGAGAUUACGAAGGCUGCUCUUUAGGCGAUCUCCGUAUCCUAGUGGAUGCCAUGAACAGCAUGCCAGACGAGAAGAAGAUACCACAAGACGUGUUGCCCCUCAUGUUUGAGCUCUUGGAUGGAAGUAGAAACCGGAGACUGGGGAGGGAAGAGUUUUUGUCGAUGUUUGCGGCGGUUCAUAUGAACAUAUGGACAACGAAGAAAGACUCCAAGUUGAUACAAAAAUACGAGAAGGACCAAUCGCAGCAGGGGAGGAGGAUCUACAGAUACCUAGUGCUCUUGCGAUCAGCCGUGGAUGAGGGGACAGUUGAUCAGGUACUAUUUGUGUUUUCGAUUUUUUGCGAUCUGCACUCGAUGAGGGGACAGGAGUUGCUCAGGUACAAGUUUCACUGGGGUCUUACAGAUUUUGUUUGUAAUUUCAAUUAGUGAAAAAUCUCACCAGGAGAACAAACCAACACUGGAGCAGACGGUCGCACUUUUACCACUUCACCAUGAUCUCCCAACCACGUAAAGAUCUUCAGUUGAUUUCCACCAUCCUCUUUCUCCCUUCUACCAGUUAGUCUCGACCGUGCUCCUUCUCAACUUGGUGUACAUGAUCUUCGAUGGCUUAGUGCAAAGCUACUUUCAGGGAACCUCUGUGUUGCUCUGGAUCGAGCUGCACGGCAAGACUAUCGAAUUCCUCUUCUCAAUUGCAUACGUGCUAGAAGUUUGCGCCAAAGUAAGCGUCAUGAGCUGGGAGUCUUAUUGUUAUGAACUACCUAGGUGUAACGUGUAACACGUGUAAGAAAGAAUGAGGCUGUCUUUAUCCUUUUCUAGUCGUUCAUAAGGAUUGAGCCCUCCUCUGGACCUUGAUCAUCUUCACCAUGCUUUGGAUUUCAAGAAUAACACCCCAAAAUCUCUAACCUCCGAAGCGUAAUCGAAGUAAUCAGUUCGAUUUUUGUACCAGUGUGGGGUUGUUUGCGGUCUCUGUGUUCCAAGAACUGGGUAUCAAAGCGGGUGUCCUAGUGCGAUCGUUCAAUAUGAUUCGAUUACUACGAUUGUUGCGGAUUCUGGCAAGGACGAAGGGGUUCAAGGUAAAUACACUUGUUAGCGCUAGUUGGGUGUGUUUUGUUUGAUGCGGCCUAAAUGUCAUACUGUGAGGGAUGAAUACCUUUCUGAGGGAAUGCGAGUGUUUCAUUUCUUCCUUCCUCUUCCACCACGACUGCACGUCUUCCUUCAAUCCUCCAUCUGCUUCCCUCCACCACGACGUCACAGGACCUCCUCACCUCCGUAACGCGUAUGGUGCUUGCCUGUCAGGAGAUCAUCUGUCUGCUCUUCGUUUGUCUCCUAUUCUUCGCAGUGGUUGGGCAGUCCUUCUGGGGUGGCCUCUUAGGUGGGUCUAGUGCAGAUGACCUUGCGCGAAACCCAGACUACUAUCCUGCACAUAGAGUUAAGGCUUGGGAGUUGACAUCUCUAUGCGCGUCUCUAUGUUGUCUUCUUCAAGUAGGAAAGCCACAGAUAUGCGAGCUAGAGAUGCCAACUUUCAACCCCUAAUAGAGCUCUGAAUUUUAACGACGUGGGCAUGGGUGUCUUCACCUUGCUGUGUACGUUUUUUGACAACGCCUUUCCCGACCUAAUCCACGAAAUGUCGUACCAACAACCAUGGCCGGAUCCCUUCGACAAGCUACUCGGCUCUUUCGGUAGCGGGCUUCUUUUCGCUUCAGUGGUGUGGUUCGUGCAGACAACGUUGAUGUUCAACCUCUACGUCGCCUUUUCGAUUGCGUGCAUUAGUGCUGAGGGAACGCAGAUCUCGCACGAAUUCGUCAAUUGGAAUUCGAUGAAGGCGCUGUUGAACAAAGAUUAUGGUGAAGAAAGGUGGUGUAUAAAUUUAUCAGAUAGAAGUUGCGUACUAACUACAAACUAUCUUUAUCGUUCUCUGUACAAUAAAGAGAUGCUAGAAUCUUCAUCCGCACACUGUGAAGAUGGGCAGUGGUAGAAGAUGAGCACCCGAGACGUGUGAUGAACACCCAUGAUGAAACUAAACCAACUGCAGCUCCCUACAUGAGUUUUGCUCUCGUAGAAGUAGCUCCCUGCACUUUUGCUUACCUCAAGGUUUGUCGAGAGCUGCCAGGAUCAUAGAAAUACUGUCAGCCCACGUCUCUACGGUCAUCACGAACGAUGGCAACGGGGACAACCCAAGUGCAGCUUCCUCUUCUAAUCACCAGGCUUUUUGUUGCAUCGACAACCGGAUACCGAGCUAAUCCAGCACAGCAUCUACAAAGCCUUGCUCGGUGAAGCCGAGGGCGGCGACCAUGACGAGGGGGAAGAAGAAUAACGGCCACCAUGAUGAAGGGCAAGAAGAGUAGAUUAAGCCUUAUAGUGCGAGUAGUUUGAAGAAUUCUUGAACUACUGAGUAUGGUGAUCAUCUGCGAGAUGGUUAAGUAGUCUUUUUAAAUAUCGAGAACAUGAAAUAGCUUGUGACCAUGUUGUACUAUUUUUCAAACUGUUGAUACUAGCUUGCGAAACUGGUGAAGAUGUUGAUAAUAACAGGAGCACUAACAGACACAAGACGCGGAUCAAGUGUUAUUUGCACAGUAUUUUUAGACCACUUCUCUCUUACGCACCAUUUAAGGUAAUGGAGUCUGAUUUUAAUGUAGAUAACCAACUGCAUCUACAGCUGGCUACGGUUCGCUAAAGCCUAGCUAGUUUCGAUCGACCAUGACGCUCAUGAUUUGAAUUUUCGGUGUUUUUGUAUAGAUGACAAGACCUUUAUCAUUUGAGAAAAGAUGAAAAGAACAGGUAGACCCGGAAGAUAUUUUUGCUAGAUAAAAACGGUUCGCUCCUUCCUCCGUAGUUUUAGAGACAAACUAUUCAUCGAAGACGAGAAAGAUGCCAAGUAGCAGCCGCGGAAAACGCCAAAUGCGCAGUUAGAA